CUCACAUUCUACUUCCGUGCGAAAGCGACAUUCGAGACGAAGUUCUAUGAUUGUCAGAAAUAAAACAUUUCAACGUUGAAAACCAACACCGUUAAAGAAGGAUCGACCUCUUUUAUUUUAUAACCUUAAAUUUGGACUAUUACUCGAGCCAUAUACCCAGAGGUGAGUAGGGUUUUUACCCGAUAGCCUUGUUUAUUUUGAUCAACAAAGUGCCACAUUUUUAUACAAGCGAGACCAAAUUUGUUUUUAAAAUGCACAACCAAUGCUGGUUGUUGAUAUUUAUUUUGUUCAAUUUUAGAGGAUUUUUGAGUUGAUUUGUCUCCGGAUUUAAAACAUUUAUCUAGCUUUCGUUACAGUAAAGCAGUACCGUGAAACUCGACGGCAAUUUAGACCGGAAUUCGUCGUCUAUUGACUAAAAUAUGUCUUACAAUUUGAUGAAUAAUCACUGCCCGUCAUAAAGUUUAUAUACAAAGUUCCACAGAAACAACUAUAUUGUGUUGUGUGCGUUUAUUAUGCUUCGAUAAUGUACUGCAACUUCCAAACUCUCAAAAACUCUUGUCCUUUCGCUAAGGAGAUAAACGUUUCUCGUCGAUGUUGGCCCAAAGUAAAAAGUAUUUCUUGAUAUUAUUUACGAAUUUUUUGGCAAUUUGCGACAAGCAGGAUAUAGAACAGAGCUAUAUAUGGCCAAAUUGUAGUCCGAUUUUGUCUUUCAGAUAUAGAAUAUCUUGCUGAUACUAAAAUCGUUCGUGAAACACAAAUUGGUUUUAUUUCCGGGUGUGUUAGCGCUAAAACAAAGGAUGACCAAUAUUGUUUAGCAAAUCAAAUACAAAUAUGUUGACUCCAUUGCAGGCUAGAAUUAGUAACAAGCUGUGUUCUAGAGUUAAUUAGAACGUCAAUUCGAAUGUUUGUGAAAGGUAUAAUAUUCAUAAUUUUCAUUCAGAUUCUUGCAUAUUUGAAGGCAAUCAUGAGUAUAUAUUAAUAAAUACCAGCUGGACAGUGUAAUAAUUAGCGAAUUAUAAACAAAGUUUUUAAUGAAUUUGUUAAAUGACUGCCACUUAGCUUAUUGCUUCUAAUGGCCUCACAUUUACAGUGAUGACCAUAUGUGGAAUUUUAUUUGAAAAUUUAUUUGAUUUUGUAGAUUUGGUGUAAAUUUGGACAACAAAAGUGCAGCAUUGAUGGUGGGUACCCCUGUGGUUAUUUUAGAUGUGAAAAGUUAGUUGUUAAAAAGAUGGUGCCGAAUUUGCAUGAGACGUAACCGAUACUCAACGUUGCCCUAUUUUUUAAAGAUGCCAUGCCAAAAUGUAUGUAAUAAAAUUUGGCAGCCAGAAAAAAGGCACGUAUUAUUUUGAGAUUGUUAGCAUGUGCGAACUGUUAGAUCAAAAGACUUUUCAUAUAAUCAAAUAGAAUCACGAUCAAAUAGAAUCACAAGUCUUUCUAAAGUUAAGAGCGGCCACACCUAGACUUGUUCGCUUGUUCCAAGUCUUGUUUAUGUAUCAAAUAUAAAAAUAAAGGCGGGAGCUUUGAGGGAGCAAGGGCAUCUAAAAAGACAUGUCUGAUUCAAGUGCCCCUACGACUUUCUGUUUCUAUAUAAAAAUUGGAAAAACAUUAUUGUGUAUCAUUCUUGAAUACUGAUUAAUGAUCAUUUUAUUCUUGUACUACAGUUUGCUCCAGGGACAGAAGUUAUUGCCAAUUUUACAUUUAGGAAAGGAAAUCGUAAGGUAAGAUUAUUUGAUGACAAAGGGUCAUUCCAGAAUGUGUUAUUUUCUGUCGGCUGAGGAAUACAAGAGGCAGAAAAUGUUUUCUCACACACUGCUGCAGGAUUGGGUCUAGGGUGGGGUCCAACCUUGUACCCAUGAUCUUUCUUACCCUGACUUGCAAGGUUGGGUGGGGUCAAGGUUGUCAGAGUUACUUUUUUGCUUGCCUCGUGCUAGACUGACCUGUGUCCAACCCGCCCAACCCUACUGGCAGAAAGUGCCAAAGCUAAUGUAGUUUACAGUAGUGCAGGGCUCAAAAUAAUGUUUCAUGUUAUGUUGGUCAUGGUGACCGGUCAAAUGCGAUUUCUGACCAGUCAAUUCCCAUGAGACCCCACAAAUACUCGCCUCCAUGCAACACAUUGCUCACUCAAUCAGUAUUACAGUCAGACCAGAUGUUCUCUUGCAAGCAACAUUGCAAUAUUGUCCCACAAUAUUGCAAUUUUGAUAGGGAGAUUGCUCUGAGCAAUUUGCAACCGACGCAAACAAAUUGCAAGUUGAAAGUCACAAAAGAUUUGUAAACAAAGCCUCUGAUUGGACUAUAAGAAAAAGGGAAGCUCCAAUCCAGUUGCUCAGACUAUUUGAUUGGUUUCCUUUUUGCUUAAAUAGUCCAAUCAGAAAGCUUUGCUCACAAAUCUUUUGUGAAUUUCAACUUGGAAUUUGUUCGUGUUGGUUGCAAAUUGCUCAGAGCAAUUUUGAACAGUAUUGCAAUGUUGCUCGCAAGAGAACAUCCGAUUUGACUGUAAGCAAUGAUCAAAUUUCACAUAAUUUUCUCCCCUCCCCAUCCGGAUGGCAGAAAUUUCCUUCAUGGUAGGCGGGAGUGUGGGUCUUUUUUGGGUAGACCCAUUAUCGUAGUAGACACACAUUGGAAGAAAGUUCUCCUCAGGACUCUUUUUUAUUUUCGUGAGCAGGAUUUACAGUUUGAAAAAGGCGACACAUUGAUUGUGGUCGAAAAAACUGAGGUAACUUUUCUUUUUACUUAUUGAUCCAUGUGCAGUGCAGCACAAAUAAAAUCUUGUAAAAUGUUUAUUUCAUAGACCUUUCAUAUAACGAUGUCGAACAUGGAAAAUCAAUUAUGCAAUCAGUCCCACAGGAAAUUUAUAGCAACAAUUUGCCAUGCAUAUCAUUGGCGAACCAAUAAAUUUCAUAAAAAGAUCAAUUUGCACUGUGAAUUAAUUGUCCCAAAAAAUUGGCCCUUGGGGCAAGUGUUUUUCCAUCUUUGAUGUUGUUAUAGGAACGUCUAUUACAUAAUGAUUAUUUUCUAUUCAUGUAAAGGAUGCAAAUUGGUUGAAAGCAAAAGAUCUUCGAGGAAAUGUUGGUUAUAUACCAGUUAAUUAUGUUAAAAAGAAGAAAGGAAAGGAAGCUGUGCAACUUCAUAAAAUGCCGUACGUUGAUCUAAACUAAACUAACAAUAGCUUAUCUGAGUUCUAAACUGUUUCGUCUAGAUGUCUGGCAGGGAUGAUCCAGUGUUACGACAGAAGAAAACCUAGAUUAAAUGGGCCUAAAUGGAACAAACUUUAUUUAAUAUAUUGGAUAGCUCAAUGACUUCUAAAAUGUUCCUCGUGGAGGUCCAGUAAGGCUUAUCACUUAUUGGUCUAGUGCUAACUUUAUUUAUACUGGAUAUAUAGCUCUAACAGGUCUAAACUGUUCUCCCUAGAGUUCCGAUAAGGGCAUCUCUUAUUGUUCCAGUGUUACUACAGGAGGAAACCUAAACUAAACUUUAAACUUUAUUAUUUUAUACUGGAUAGCUCUGUCAGUUCUAAAUUGUUCAUCCAAACCGCUACAGUAGUAAAUAUAUUUUUUAAAAUUUUAUAUUUGUUUGUCACAUUUUAGUUGGUUUCAUGGGAGAAUUGAUCGAACCACAGCUGAAAAUUUGCUGAUGCAAAACGCUCAGGAUGGUCUCUUUCUUGUUCGUGAAAGUAUAAAUUAUCCUGGAGACUUUGCGUUGUGUGUUUGGUAAGAAAGUUUUGUCUGUAUAUGAAUCAUAAUUCUCAUCUACUGAUACCACUAAUCACCAUCGUCAUCAACAGCUAGAGCUCAGUGCGCCGGAGCUGGAUCCUGAGUACCGGAGCUGAAUCUCCGGCAUAUUUUGCCGGAGUUGGAAAACUCCGGCAGACAAAAUUAUGAAAAAUUAUUUCAUAUUUCAACGAACUUUUGGUAAUGGAAAAAUUAAGUUGAAUAAUUUGAAGUUACUAUAAAGUUUAAUUACUUGCUCUGAUCCUAUUUGUGGCUUCGAAAAUUCUGCAUGUGCACUGCUAUCGCUUUUGAUACAAAAAUCCACUGACACAAUGUAUUUUUGGUGAAAAGACCGCGCUGCCAUGAGGUUUUACUUUCUACUGUACAAAACAUUGUUAAACAAGCACUGAAGCACCUAUAUUUGAUAAGUAAAGGAGAAAGCUCAAAAAGGAAUGAAACGAAUUCGAAAUUACACUGAAAUACUUUCUCCCUGCUUCUACUUUUAAAUAUGAAAUUUCCUUAAAAUUUCCUUGCCAGAGCAGGAGCCGGAGUUUUAACUGCCGGAGCCGGAGCUAAAUAACCGAAAUUUGCACAUCUCUAUCAACACCAGUGACCACCAUCAUAAUCACCACAGCCAAUGCUACCAUCAUCACCACCACCAAUAAAGCAAAAAUGAUGUGAUAAUAAAGUAUUAAAAUAAAAUGGGUCCCAAAUCACUCACAAAUCUAUUUUCAUAUACAUGUGAGAAAACAAACUAUCACCUUCGGGACAUUUCAACUGGUCUUCGUUUACCAAAACCUCGUACUAAUAACAUGAAAAAUAGUUUCAUGUACGACGGAGCAAUCCUUUGGAACUUCCUUUGGAAAGCAAAUCACUUUCUUCCUUUCGAAAUAAAAUCUUUGCUCACGUCUAUGAGUAAUAAGCAUUGUAAAUAUUAGUGAUGGGCGAUUACCGAUUACUUGGUAUCAAUACCACCCGAUACCAGGCCCAAACAGGAAGUAGUCGAUACUGCACGGUAUCGAAAAAGUGUUUCGAUUACUUUUAAAAUUAGACAUUCAUUAUAAUCUUGUAGUUUUGUCAUCAUUUUCAUGGUUAUUUCUAAUAAAAUUUAUGUACUUUUUGGUAUUUUGCUGCAUUUAACAAUUUAAUCAAACUUCCUUUAUACUUUAUUUGACAUUCUAUUCUCGCCGACAGAAUAAAUUAUGAAAAAGGCGGGAAAUAAAGUAAUUUUUUUUUUAUGGAUUGAAAUGGCGGAUCAAAUCGUUACUGUUAAAAAUAUGUAACUUUUUGAAAAUUGGAGGAAGUAAUCGUUUGGGUAAUCGAUACCUCGAUACUUUAACCAAAAAGUAAUCGGUAUUGUAUCGAAACCGAUACUGGUGGUAUCGCCCAUCACUAGUAAAUAUUGUACCUGUAAAUAGUCUACGAACCAGCAGCUACGCUCGUGUUCCAAGAUCCGCCAUGUAAAGUGUAGUGAAAUGUAUCUCAUCGUAAUAUUAAAUCCUAAGAAAACUAAAGCCUCUGCGGAGGAGAGAGUCAUUAGACAAGUAACCAUCAUCACAAGCUUGAAACCCAGGCUUUAAUUCUGCGCACUUCUACCAUCAACAUCUCAUUUCUACCACUGUAUCUUUCUAGCUAUCAACGAAAAGUUGAACAUUACCGCGUCAUGUACGACAAGGACAAGUUAACUGUUGAUGAAGAAUCAUCGUUUACCAAUUUAACGCAACUCGUUGAUGUAAGCUAAGCCAACCAAUGUUUCAUCCCGUACAUGUUCAUUUUUUAACUGAAAUCAUAUUUUAUGAUCGAAAUUAAAUGAACAUGUCAUUUAUUUAGCACUACGAACGGGGGGCUGAUGGUUUAAUUUGCCGCUUGAAUAAGCCGCUCAAAAAAGAAGGAACUUUGGCAGUGUCUGUUGAUGAAGAAUCAUUUAAAGAAUGUAAGAUGUGCUUUACAACUAAUCAUAAUGGACCUAUUCCCUAAUGAACAAAAUUUUGAUCCAGACAAGUCUAGACCAGACAUCACAGCUUGAAAGAGCAUCACAAAAUGAGUAAUAUUCCGACGUUUCGUUGCGAAAUGUUGUAAAAUGCGGAUAAUAUAGCCCUGCGAAGUUUGCCGUUUUUCUAUCAUUUUGUAUUACGCACGGGAAAUUGAUACCUUUUUUCAGAAAGCGGUAUCAAUUUCCCGUGCGUAAUACAAAAUGACUGAAAAACUGCAAACUUCGCAGGGCUAUAUUAUACGCAUUUUACAACAUUUCGCAACGAAUCUUCGGAAUAUUACUCAUUUUGUGAUGCUCUUUCAAGCUGUGAUGAAAUGUUUGUCUGCACUUGUCUAGAUCAAAAUUUUGUUCAUUAGGGAAUAGAUUCAUCCUAAUGUGCCCUCGAGUUUAUCAUGUGACUCUGUCAAAUUAUGCCAGAUAAUUUACUGCUAGAAGGCUCCCAUCGCAUGGGAACAGACACGUUUUGAACCAUAUAUGCAUAAUAGCAAUACAUUUAACCAAGUGUGAAUUCUUUAGCUGGAUGGCAUAUACCAAGAAAAGAUUUGGACCUCGUCAAAGUUGUUGGUCAUGGGGAAUUUGGAGGUAUAGGAAGAAGAAAUAUGUUAACCUAUGUUUGUUGUUUUGUUUUUCACAUUCUGAUGAUGUCCGACUCUUUCGGGCAGUUCAGACACAAACUUGAACAACGGCUUAUGUUCUUUCUGAUGUCGACUAGAUGUUUGGGAAGGGAAGUUUAACGGGAAGAGAGUUGCCGUGAAAUCUUUAAAAGAAGAGGGAACAUCACAGACGUUCUUGACGGAGGCUUCAGUAAUGACGUAUGUUAAUAUGAUAAAACUUAUUAUUAUUAUUAUUAUUGGCAUGCACUAUUUACAGCAACACAUAAUUAUAUAAAAUAUAAAUAUUCAUGAGUAUUAAUAAAGCCUGAUUUCCACUCCAAUCGAAACGAAUCGAAACACAACGCACUUCUUUGUUUCAAAAACAUUUUAAUUCUAUCUCAGUGCUCACGAAACAAAUACAUACGUUACAAUUCGCCGCGAUACGUUUGAACUGGAAAGAUAAGUAAAUGAAUGAGAGGUUUAUACCCAGUAUACACACCGAAUUUUUAAUAGUUUUUUUAAAGUUAUAUAAUGAAGUAGCGUUUUUUUAGUUCAUGUUGUAGAUUGUUAAAGUCUAUAGACGCUUGAUACCUCGGUCGUUGUUUUCCCUCGUUCGUCUUUGGAAAAUUCUCAUCUUUGCUCGCGGUAGAUGUAGAUCUCUGCGGUGUCUUGUGUGUGUGGUACUCAUGCAUGGAUGUAUUCGUUCUUUGCUAAUUCAAAAGAACUUUAAAUUACUCGAUCUCUUGUGAUUCAUGUAGCAAAAUAAUCGAUUCAUUUCAUGUAUUUGUUAGACGAAUUUUAGCUGUUAGCUGACGAAGUUACUCUUUUCCAUGUAGAGGUUUAAACCACCGGAACCUGGUGAUGUUACUAGGAGUUACCUUAGAUUCCAGGCCCAUGUAUAUCAUUACAGAAUUCUGUGACAAAGGAAGUUUAGUGGAGUAUUUGAGAUCGCGAGGACGGGCUGUAAUCACGCAGAAAGAUCUCAUAGGUUUUGCCAAGUUAGUAAACUACAUAUCAAAAUAUAUCAUAAUGAUUUAGUAACUGCUUGCUUUUGUGUUUACACUAAGGAUGAUGUAAAACCCAGUCAAUUACACGCGUAAAAACGCACAGGUUGUAACAAAAAUGGAGCAGACUUGUAGCAAUGCUGUUCCAACAACUUGUCAACAGGAUGUGUUCGCACUGCUUGUUCCCAGCUUGUUGACAACUUGCUACAAAGUUGUUGAGCUCAACAGAUUUGUUCGAACAACUUGUUAUCGUUCUGCAAUUCAACAAUUUGUCAACAAGUUUGCAGUGACAACAUUGUAGCAACUUGACAAAAUAACAGCAAUGUUACAACUUGUUGCCAAGCUUGCUACAAGCCUGUUGCAAACACAUCUUGUGUGUUCUGUAAGACAUUAUAUAACACCUUAUUGAAUUCUGAUCGUUUAAUUGGUUGUUUAUGGUCACGUGAUAUUGAAUAGAAAAUUCCAUUUCCCAAGAGUGCAAUGGAAUACGUUCCUUUGCACUCUUUGCGAGUGCAAUUGUACUAUACGUUUUAUUCCAUUGCACUCUUUGUGUUUUCGAUAAAUCGCAUCCGUCAAAAUGCUUCUCAUACGAAUCUAUUAGUCUAUUUUGUGAAAGAUCGAAUCAUCUUUUGUGAAAGAUGGUAUCUAUAUUCGGUGAAAGAUGGAAUGUUCCAUUCAACUCGGCUGUCGCCUCGUUGAAUGGAACAUUCCAUCUUUCACCUCAUGAAAAUAUUCUUACCAUUGCACUCACAAACAUUCAUUAUUUGUAUACUGUAUUCAGAAAUGCGAAGCAACUUUCACAACCAUAACAAAUUAUAUUCCUUUUCAGGGACGUUGCAGAAGGAAUGAAGUAUUUAGAGUCACAGAAUUUUGUUCACAGGUAAAUGAUCAUAACAUUACAAAUGUAACUGGGUUUUUUUUUACAGUAAUCUUUCUUAACCUUUCUUCAUUUUUUCUACUCCAGAGAUUUGGCAGCUAGGAAUGUUCUACUAGACGAAAAAUGCAUGGCCAAGGUCGCUGAUUUUGGUCACGCGCGCGAAAAGAGUGUUAGUGUCACCGGUAAAUUACCCAUUAAGUGGACAGCGCCCGAAGCCUUGAAAGAUGGGGUGAGUAUGACAGCUUGUUUAGAAUAACUUUAUAUAUAUACUGGAUCGCCCUAUCAAUUCUAAACUGUUCUUCCCAGCGGUCCAAUAAGAAUUAUCUCUUAUUGAUCCAGUGUUACUACAGGAGGAAACCUAAACUAAACUAACUUUAUUUAUGCUGGAUAGCUCUAUCAGUUCUAAACUGUUCUCCCUAGAGGUCCAGUAACGAUCAUCUCUUAUUGAUCCAGUGUUACUACAGGAGGAAACCUAAACUAAACUAACUUUAUGUAUAUACUGGAUAGCUCUAUCAGUUCUUAGACUGUUCUCGCUUCUCUAUUUUACAGAACUUUUCGUCGAAAUCUGAUGUUUGGAGUUUUAGUAUUUUCCUUUGGGAAAUUUAUUCCUUCGGCCGUGUACCGUACCCGCGAGUUGUAAGUAGAAUUUUUAAUGAUGUCCAGCGCUCCGCACAACAGGCUCACAACCAA